UUCAAUCUGUCAAGAGACACAAAAGAAUUUUAAUAUUAAUACCCAAUAUGAUUUUUGUAAUAGAUAAGCAAAUCAAAUAAUUCACUUAUAGAAAAAAAGAGAGUAUAUAUCUUUUCAUAGGUGCUGCCUGAUUGCUUCAUUCCUCCCUCGUUAGCUUUUUUCUUUCUUAAAAAAAAAAAAAAGAAGAGGAGGAAAUAUUUCGGUUCUAAUGGCUCUGCCCGGGGAAGAGCCUGAGUUUAUGAACCUAAGAGAAUGGGAUCGAAGAGCUCGGUUCAUCCGCGAAAACCCGACUUCUAGAAGGUUCUCUGCUUCUUACGUUGGCAGCUUCAGAGAAGAUUAUCACAAGUCUUCUUCAAGAAUCAACGUUAACAACAUCUCUAGUACUGCCUCAUCUCCUGGAUACAGUCUCAAAGAGAUUGACCCAUCAACAUAUUCCUUCACAAAUGCACUCAAAUCGUUACAAGCAAAGUCAAUGUUCAAUAAGAGAGACUGGUUAACACAAGAAGGGUUUGCGUUGAAUUCAAAGUGGAACGAAGCAGAGAAAUAUAUAUGCAACCCAUUGUCUGGAGAAGUUCCGAUGGAGUGUUUGUCUUCUAAAACACUACGUGCAAGAUCUUUUAGAAACUUGACCACCAUGUCUGCUCCUCUUCACUGCCCUAUUCCCAAUCCUUUGACGAAGAUUGGUCAAAAUAAAACCAAUAAUAAUAAUAAUAAUCCUAACGUCAGAGUCAUUCACGAGGAUCUUUAUGCUCUUGACCCUGUUCUUGUUCGAGCAGAAGAGAAAGUUGUGGGGCUGAAACGAGAUGUAGGCAUCAAGAGUACGUGGGUGGAUAGUAGCUCCGGUAGCCCUAGUCCGGCAGAGACGCCUCCGAUCAUGGAACGGUCGCUGAAACGAUACGUGGAAGCUAAUGAUUUGCUGGUGGAUUUCAAUCUCAAACUGGAAUGUCAACCAGAGGAUUUGAAGUUGGCAGAGGAUGAGAAGGAAGAAGAGAAGCACGAGAUGAGUAAAAAAGAAGAAGAGAAGCAGGAGAUGAGUAAAGAAGAAGAAGACAAGCAAGAGAUGACUAAAGAAAAAGGAGAAGAAGAGCAAAAGAAGAGUGAAGAAGAACAGCAAAUGGAGAAGAACAAGAAGAGAGGCAGUGGAUGUUUCCCAUGGGUGAGAUCAAGACAAAGACAAGCAAGAAAAUCAAAGUACAUUUCCCCGAUUUGUAUUCCUCAUCUUGUCAAAGGUUGUUAAAAACACCUUAAACACACACAAGAGAAUCAACAAACAACAAGAAAGAAUUAAAAGUGUUGACAAGAUUUUUCCCAUUUUCUUCUUUGUUUUGUCUUUCACCACCUAUAAUCUUAAUGAGGUUAUAUAUUAUUAGUCUUUUCUCUUCUUAUAUUUUCAUCAUUCAAUGGGAAUGUCAAAAUAGCUUAACAAUUAUUUUGCUCCCCUUUUCUCUAUAACAAAAUGCUUCAGUU